AUGUUUGGUAGCAAAAAAUACGAAUAUUACUCCUCUUUAUCGGUCAAAAUACCAAAUUUAUCGAAAUUAUACGGGCUCAAUGUUGAAUUAUUAAAUUCUACCGACAAAUUUUCUACUAUUAAAAUCUCUUUCGGUCUUCUUCGAUUCUCUCAUUAUCUUCUUAUUUGGAAUAAAAAAAUUGUUAAUCGUGCUGAUUAUCUUGAUCUAAUUAAUAUAGCUUCCCAAUUUAAAAAAGGUAAUUGGUUAAUCGUUGGAAAUUCAUUAAUAGAUGAUAAUGGCGAAGACAAAUGGGAACAGUUCCAAAUAGAAACAAAGAAGAGUCUUAAAGACAAUAUGCGAUUUUCAGGCGAACAUGAGAUCUUUGACCUUCUAAAAGAUGAAUUUCUCAAUCUUUAUGCAAAAGAUAAAAAAAUAAACCCUAAACUAAAAGAUUUAUUUGUACAUUAUAUGAAAGGUAGCACAAGCAGUUUUAAAACAAUUGAAUAUAACUAUGAGUCAUUUAAAUUUUGUAUUAAUAGUCUUUGA